CCGGUGGCCCCUUCGUCCCGGUUUCAGAACCGGCUCCUUGUCGUUACUUGCGCUUGGCGCACCGUUUGUGCGGUCUGUGCUUUUCUCCGUGCCGGUUCUGGGAAGGCCGGAAAGUUCGCGCACCCUCCGGAGCUUGGCCGGGCGCAGAUCCUGGGGCCUGUCCCGUGCGACGGCGCCGGCUGGAGCCCGCGGGCAGAAUCGCGUCUCUUUCCUUGAGGUUGUUAAACUGGAGCGUUCCUUUUACAAUAUUUUAGACAAAGUGGUAUAAUUCUCCGAAGUGUCGUUCCCGCCGGACAUGCUGCGCGCUGGGCGCAGCAGCGGCGCCUGUCCCGGGCCCGCGUUCCCGAUCGGAGCCGUUCUCGGCCGUGCCCAGCCCGGGGCUCGGGCUGCGCCCCCCGCGUGCCCGGAGGCCCACAGAGCUUCGGACCGGUUCGUGCUGAGCGCCCGGAAAGGGGCGGUUUCUCAUCAGAAAGCAUUACUCUCUGCACGGGUUUUCUUUUCAAGAAUUGCAGCACAGUUUUUUCUACUGAACCUGACCAUUGUCAAUAAUGGCAAGACUCCCAAGUGCUGCACCAUAUACCCUGUGGAUCCUUUUCUUUUCAUAUACAAAAAAUGAAGUUAUGACUGCAGGACAUGUACAAGAAUUUGCAUGCUUCACUGACUAUGACAAAGAGCUGGUUUGUCACUGGAAGGUGCGUGCACAGACCAAUUGUUCCAAAGAAUUCCUGCUCUGCUACAGCAAUGAAACAACUUCUGUAGUAAACGUGUGUGUUCCAGAGAAUGAAAAAGACAGUUUAAGGUGCACUUGUACAAUAUAUCCAAAUUACUUUGUAUCAGGCCUCACAUAUAUUCUAGCCCUACAAUUCAAUGGCACGGAUAUGUGGAAUUACAGUAUUACACCAGCCCUUAUUGUUAAGCCGAGAGCCCCCAAGAAUCUUGCCAUUGAGAAAACUGAAAACGGUAACUACAAUCUGAGCUGGGAGGAGAGCUACUCUCCUCCAUCCUUGCUCUCUGGACAGCCAGUCAUCUAUGAAGUGAAAUACUGGAGGAAGCAGCACCCAGCAGAGGUUUCUGUAAAAGCAAUUAACUACCAGACAAAAAGCUUUGAGAUAACUGCAAGCUCCUUGAAGAGAGGCUAUGAUUAUGUUGCAAGUCUCAGGUGUAACUACAUAGACUACCCAGCCUACUGGAGUGAAUGGAGUGAAGAAGUUGAAUUUCACUAUGAUUACCAGGUGAAGGCUGAAGACAUUCUGCAGAUGGCUGUGCCCACAUCCUGCAUACUGAUCGUGGCAGGAUCCGUAAUUUGUUACUUCUGUUUCACCAAAGUGAAGAAAGAAUGGUGGGAUCAAAUCCCAAAUCCAGCAAAGAGUCAUUUGGUUGUUAAAAAUGUCAAGUUUUCAGUUCUGUGCUACUUUGAUGAAAUUAAGUUCCCGUUCCAUGACUUAAAGCAGAGUCAUAUGGAACAACAAAUAAGUUGCAAGAACUGUCUGGCUCAAAGUUUGUCAAGCCAAAACUUCAAGGGAAAAGAUAACAUCAUAAAUGUUGAAAAAUCUUGCAGUUGCCACAGCAAGUCUGGAGAGUGGUUGCCAAAAGGCAGCAGUGCAGUUUUAACCCCUGAUACAAUACCAGUUGAAGAGUGUAUAGAAAUCUGUGUAUGUUUAACAGACAGUGAAACGGAGAGCCAAGAAGAAACUCGCAACCAGAUCACCAUGUCUGAGCCUUGUGAGAGCAGCAGCAUUGCUUUCAGAGAGCAUCCUGAGCACAAUGAGUUACUAGCUAACAUGUUUGAUGCACUCCUGGCAGAUGAAAAUAACAUGCAAGACAAUAAAGGCCCGAAUGUCCCUGCAGCUGAGAGGAAAACAUUAGAGAACAUUGGGUCAGAAAAUCCAUCACAGCUAAAUCCAAAAGAAACUGCAGCCCAGAGUCUACGACCAUGUAGUAUUUCUCCUACAGCUCCCCUUUUCACCAAAGUCUCUCAAGAUGACUACAAUUGUAGUACAGCCAGCAGAGAGUCAGAACUAUCAGAAGAAUCUUUUGAAUCUGGCUAUCGGAGCUCCAGCAUAAAUUCUGCUUCCCUGGAUGCAAGAGAUCUUCAACAAAUGGUUCAUCAAAGCCUUUUUCUAUGUAGUUCUGAAAGUGAGCUUGACUCCUGCGUCCUGAUCCAAGAGUCUACAAAUAAAUCAUUGUUUGGAACCAAAACAGACAGAAGAAACAGCCCUGCAGACAAGACUUUUGAUACCCUUGUGUCUGCAUCCUUGGGGUUGUGUGGUUCUGCCUACAAGAGCUGUGACACCCUUUUGUCUCCGUCCCUGGAGCCCUGUGGCUCUGCCUACAGGAGCUUUAAUAUGCUUGUGUCUGCAUGCAAGGAACCAAGCAGCUCUGCAUACAAGAGCUUCAAUGCCCUCGUGUCUCAGUCGAUGGCUAACAGUAGCCUGACUCUGUGCUUUGAAGGCAUGCCUUCCUCACUGCCUUUGAGACAGUUGUCAGAGAUGCUGGAAUGCAGCUGCAGAGAUCAAAGCACUCAGCCUGCUAUCAAUCAGAUGUGUUAUAGCAACUACAGACCUCCCAGCACUGAGCUUGAUUUUUCAAACACCUGUUCAAAAAAUACUAGUUCUCUCUCUUUCUCCACACAUGCAAAUGAAGGUACUUCAGCUUUUCUUUCAGAGGAAGAAAUACAUAAACAAGUAAUAUAUCAAAAUGUUCAAAGGAAAGCCAGUAUGAUUUCUUGCCCCACUGCACCUCAGCAAUCUGGUUAUCAGCCUUUUGGUAGUGCAGGUAAAUGUAAUGGUCUAUACUGGGACAGUGACAAUGAGGUUAUCUCUACAUCACUAUAUGAAUCCUUCAUUAGUCUGUGCAACAACCUGAGUGAAGCACCACCAGACACUGCAUCCUAUGAACGUGACCCAAGGAUAAAGGACGGUGUGUGUUUGACUGUUCAGAGUUCUGACUGCACCAUUGUCCGAGGUUCAGCAUUUAAUGAGAAUGACACACAGACUAGUGAUGGCAGCCCUUGGAUCAACAGCACUAAUGAGCUGUCUGAUGAUGGCAAAGACGAAAAUAUCAGCAGAGAUGAACAGCUGUUGCAUUUGUUAGAGAUGAAAUGCCAAGAUAUAAACUGCAGAGAAAGAGCUACAAUGGGAACAAAAUGGAAAAGCUUUAACCCUACUGGUAAAGUCAUUCAAGAGGGUGGUGAUAACAGACUAAAAUACUGACUUCCACUGCCACUCACACAACCACUUGAGGGAACUUGGAGAUGCAGGGGCAAGUGAAGAGGUGCCAAAGUAUGCAGAUGGGGGUGGGGGGUGUAGCUCAGCAGCCAGCUUACCAGCAUCACUGGACAGUAUUGGGCGAAAUUUAGACAGAAAAACUGCAGACCCCUGGUGCUCCAUGGCUCAGUCAAGGUGUUACUGUGUCGUCUUGUGAGUAAAUCCUAUCCCCCUGAUUCUCACACCAUUCACAGUGAGGACUCCAGACUGGCACUUACAGUUAAAAAAAGACCAGUAGAACUGUUAAUGGAAAACAGCAGGAAGAAUGAGAAAAAAAUGAAACUUGUGCAAACCCUUGCCCAAGAGGACAACUGCUAUGUGGAGGUAGCCUAGCCACAUUUGCCAAGACUAGUCCAACUAGUCUUUGGAAAUAAACUGUAUGGCAAGUUGAAUUGUUGUUAUUUCAAUCUUGACUGGAGUGAGGGCUGCUAUAGGUCAUCCAUGAUUCAUUGGGUUGUAGGACUCAUGCCUGCUUGGGACUGGCAGCCGGGACUUGAUGCACACCCCUGGGGACAGCUGCGGUCAGCACCCAGCAGUGGCAGCCAUAGCUCUACAGGGACAAAGUCGGAGCUGAUGUGUACCAUUGGCAGGAUGGAGAAAUGCUGCUACCUUCUCAAAGCAUCUCUUUUAGAAGCCACUCAGAGCAGGCCAUAGGAACAGCCAUUUCCAGUCCAUGCACACACAAGUGCCUCAGCGGAGGAAAGACAGGAAGGGCCUCCUGUAUGGUGUAGUUCCAGCAAGAUUUAUUUCAGCAUGCCAAAGGGAUCAGGGACAGAAGACAAGACCGACCAUGUGGUCUGCACAGGGAUUAAGUAUGGAGUCAGAAACCAGUGGUCUGAGGGCACAGGGGUGGUACAAGGGCAGGGCAAGGGGCAGCAAACCUAUGGGGGGAUGAGGAAUGAACAAUUGGGGUGGGCAGGGUUAAGUGGCCAUUGGGGGAGCAAUCUAAGAUAGAUUGGCAGUAGUUCUGCAGGGCACCAUGGGGGAAGUCUUCGCUCAGCCUAGGCAAGGAAAUUGUGGUACAUUCUUCCAGGGCAAAGCCUGGAAGUCUCCCUGAGGGGAUUUUUAGGGUUCCUACACUGGUGUCUUCAGCUGUGAACAAUCUCUAAAAGGGAGCAGCAGCUGCAUGAAGCAGAAGUUCUUAGUACAGCUCCUGUGGUUAUUGCCCUGGCUGUGUGUUGCUUGGAAAGCACACAAAGGUGAUGUGGAACGUGCUAACACACCUGAAAGUGGGAUAUAGGUGCAGGUCCAAAGGGGAGGUGAUUGAUCUAUCACACAGCUUCCGUAACUUACUUCUUUUGGGCUGGGGAAUGUUGUCUUGUGUGCUUAGCCCUGGCAUGGGUUGUAUGUUUCUAUACCUGCUCAAUCAAGACCUGAAAUAAAGAUUACCAUAAUUUGCACUUA